GUGAAGCAAGACUUUCUCCAGAGCACUUCACGAGUCUCGUCUUUCUCCUCGCUUUCUCCGCUUUCUUCACUCGCAAAACUACUUGUGACUUGAUCAAAACCAAACCACUCGGCAACUACUUCGAGACGCCAAACUACACAAGCAACAAGGACACAAUACCAACCAACCACCGCCACCAAUAAAAUAAAGAAGGUGUUAAAUAAGUGACUUCAAUUCAAUUCUUCAACUAGGACAAAACUCGAUUUAGUCGCAAUGUGAAGGAGUAUACGUACAUUCACCACGCCGAGAAAACCAAGCACCGCGACGACGUGAAACAAUCCCGUUGUUGUUGUUUCAGAUACUUAUUUAGACUCGUAUCUCAUUUCAAAAUAGAGCAAAGUGUGAACAUUUCAAAGAAAACGACAACUAACUUUCUCUCUCUGUGAAAUUGACAAAGUCUUGCAAAUUCUUGCUCGGAGUCAGUCUUUUUACUUCUGCAGGAUAAGUAGAUUCGUGGGUUCAAGUAUUUUAGGAGACUUGUUUAAUCGUGAUCAUUGUUUAAGUGGUGCACUUUCGAACUGUGUAAAAAUGUAGAAAGUUACAUAAGUAAUUUGUACUUGGACAAAAAUUCAGGAAAAUUAUUAAGCGGAGGCAAGAAGCAGAAUAAUAAAACGAGAAAGUCGCCUCAAAGACGUAACUUUUUUCGAAAUUAGUUUAUGAUUUAAUAACCAAAAAAUAAUUUAAAGUUGGACUGCAUUCUUGAUUUCUUUGACAUUUUCGUCGUAUCUCUUGAACGAAUAACCUGAUUUAUUAAGAUGCCCCUAGUUCCUGAAGUUUCCGAGUCGACAACGUCGUCCUGCUGAUUGAUCAAAGACCUUUGUUACGACACACUCAACCCAACUUACAUACUCGAGCGACCAAUCUCGACCAAAUUUCUGCGCCAGUGACGUCCAAUCUCAGAAAAGAUGGGGAAAGACACGUACCAGGGUUACCAUGAGUCAUCCUCCUCGUUAUCUUCGUCCACCCCGUGGCCAUACUUCGACCUGGAGGAGAACAUGACACUAUUAUCGCUAAUGAACGAUUCCUCACGCAGUGGUAAUGACAGCAUGGACGGCGACAUGGCUGGCUGGAGCAUCCCAUGGUGGCGACAACUCCUAUGGUCAAUUCUCUUCAGUGUCAUGGUCAUCGUGGCGGCCGUGGGAAAUUCUACCGUGAUUUGGAUAGUGCUGGCACACAAGCGGAUGAGGACAGUGACUAACUAUCUUCUAGUCAACUUAAGCAUUGCCGACGCUAUGGUGUCCACCCUGAACGUUUUACCAAACUUCAUCUACAUGCUGACGGGACACUGGCCGUUUGGAGAAUUUUAUUGUAAACUUGUCCAGUUCGUGGCUGUAUUAUCCAUUUGUGGGAGUGUCUUUAGCCUCAUGGCUAUUGCUUUUGACAGAUACUCCGCCAUCAUGAACCCACUCCGGCCACGAAUGGGCAAAAGAGUGACGCUCGGAAUAGCCGCGGCAAUUUGGGUCGUUGGAAGCAUUAUCGGGGCACCCAACAUUUUCUUCUUUACGACCUACGAGGACACGUCAAUGGGGGUGGUUCUCUGUUACGCCGAGUGGCCCGACGGUCCUCAAACGGAAUCAUAUCAGGAAUCUUGGUACAACGUACUCUUCCUGAUCUUCACCUAUGUCGUUCCGAUCACUGCGAUGGGAUACACGUACACAAGAGUUGGGAUCGAAUUAUGGGGUUCAAAGUCCAUCGGCGAGUGUACCCAGAGGCAGUUGGACAAUAUCAAGUCGAAACGCAGGGUAGUCAAAAUGAUGAUCGUGGUGGUCAUAAUUUUUUCCUGUUGCUGGCUCCCAUUUCACUCGUAUUUCAUCCUGGUCUCACUGUUUCCCGAAAUCACUGGAUUUUACUUUGUUCGCGAAAUCUUUCUGGGCAUUUAUUGGCUCGCCAUGUCGAACUGCAUGUAUAAUCCCAUCAUCUACUGCUGGUUCGUUUCCAGAUUUCGCAGAGGAUUUCAAAAAGUAUUUCGAUGGUGUCCUUUCAUACACUACAGCGAGGUUGAGGGAACAACGGGAGUGGUACUUUACCCAGAAACGAACAGACGCUUUCGAGCCGAAACUACCCGGUACAGUGUGUCAGGCUCACCGGAAAAUGAAAACGCCAGGGUCACCACGAAUGGUUCGUCCAACGUGCACAUCCCUUUGCACGUCCUGACUUCGACGACAGACAGCAAAAAGUCCAACCCCACCAACAGUACCACCCACUACCUCGCCCCACCCGGUUAUGGGUAUCACAACAACGGGCAAAAUCAGCGAGUCCGGUCUCAUAACGUUCACAAUCAUCGUCAUCACGGAAAAAACUCGAAUUGUAAUAGCGAAUUCAUGUAAAAAGUGAGAACCAUUGCGCAUUGAAUAAAUACAAAACUACAUACUUCACAAUUUAUUUACACAUUUAUUAAGGAGAAGUCAAGUAAGUUUUUAAAUGUGCAUAUCUCACCCUGGAACUUAUGUAUGUACAUACGCGUGCUAUAUGAAUGGGGCUUAUCCGUAUUUAAUGUAUGUAUAUUCAUGUCGUUACAUCUAUGUAUCAUUUAGGGUAACGUAUUAUCUUCUAAUGUCAGUAUUUCAAGAUAAGUGGCAAAUUAAUUAAUUACUUAUCAAGUACUCAAUAUAUAUAUGUACAGUAUUAUGUACCUAUAUUUAAAUGUUUUUAAAUGCACUCCACAAAACUAAUGAAUAAGCAUGUAGAUUUAGCUAACUCACGUACCUUUGCUCGUCAACUCUCUGUGACCAAGACCAAUGUUUUAGAUUAAAUAAAAUCCUCUAAAAAAAUAUGUACAGUAAAAAAAAUCAUAUUCGAAAACAAAAUUGCAGAUGCACUAAAUACAUGUAUGUAUUGUAAAUUAUGUAAAUGUAUGUAUGUAUUUUUUAACAUGUAUUUAGAAAUUUUGUACCUGGUUUAGUUUACUCAUAGAUCCUGUAUAUUAGGGGUUUUACUUUACAAUUUGAAAAACACUACCGUCAUUUAACACUGUGUGGUACCCUACAGUUUUCUUUAAAUAUAAAUACAAUUUGUUGUAUAUAUCGUAACAUUAAAAAAAAACUUAUGUAAAAUAAUAAUCGUAUUUAGUUACUUGAUAUUUAUUCGUGUACUUCAAAUGUCCUUAUUCCAUAUACUUAACUCUUAUCAUUAUAAAAAAUGUAUUUUUGUGUCAAUGUCAAUUUCAAUUUACGUAAAUGUUUUUACUAAUAAAAUAUCAUGAAAUGCAUCGAUUUUA